AUGGUUGUUAUUAAUACAAACAUUUCUUGGCUCAUGAAAAUGUCCUUCUUCGGAAAUCUUCUUAAAAAAUUGCGACAAGGUGAGGAAAGGCCGAAACCAAAGGCCCUUCCUUCCGUGGUUGUGGUGGGUGUUGAUCCGUCCAACUCUUGGAAAAACAUAGCAGAGCUCGGUGACGGUGCUUUCGGUAAAGUUUACAAGGUAGCUUUGUAUACCACGGUACCAUCUUUUAAGGCAUCAAAAGUUAAAACUGGACAAGUAGCAGCCCUUAAAAGCGUUGAUUUCUCUUCAGAUGAAGAGAUGGAAGAUUUGAUGGUUGAAAUUGAUAUACUGCAUGAAUGCAAGCAUCCAAAUAUUCUUCAGUUACAUGAAGCAUAUGUCUUUGAUAAAAAAAUCUGGAUGUAUCUCGAGUUUUGUGGCGGAGGUGCAGUUGAUAGCAUUAUGAAAGCCCUGGAUAAGCCUUUAACAGAACCGCAGAUCAGAUUUAUUUCUCAUGAAGUCAUAUCUGGCCUCGCAUUUCUUCACAAGCAUUUGAUCAUUCAUCGUGAUCUUAAGGCUGGAAAUAUUUUAAUAACUCUAAAUAACGAAGUACGCUUGGCCGAUUUCGGUGUGUCGGCACGAAUGGCAAGUGAGAAUCAAAAGCGCACAACUUUUAUCGGCACCCCAUAUUGGAUGGCGCCUGAGGUUAUUGCCUGUGAAACCUUCAAAGAUAAUCCCUAUGACAUGGCUGCUGAUGUGUGGUCUUUCGGUAUUACUCUGAUUGAAUUUGCUGAAAUGCUCCCACCCUACAAUGACCUUAAUCCCACUCGGGUAUUGCUGAAAAUUACAAGAAGUGAUCCACCUACUUUUUCCAGACCAAAGGCAUGGUCUCCCUCCCUUAAUAAUCUUUUGCAACGAUGUUUGCAAAAGAAUCCCGGCCAACGUCCUUCCAUGGAUGAUCUCAAAAGCGACCCAUUUGUUGCCAAUGUGACUGAGGCCGAUCGAUCUGUGCUAAAAAUUCUCCUUGGUGAAGUCAACGCUGAAGUCGAAGUGACCGUGGAGGAUAUCAUGCCGGAUGACUUGCCCGAACUCGAUGUGGACAUGGUUUCAGAUGAAGCGGCAGAGGUUAUGGUGCAAUCCUUGCACGCUAUGGAUGAUAUGGAGGAGAAGUUGUCUAGCAACGAAGAGCUACUGAAUAUGAUGAGUUACGAGGAUGUCGAAUUCAAUGCAGAGGAUGCCAGAAUUCCUGCUCCCCUCUUCGAUACGACCUCCUUCAUUCCCACCGAGGAGGCAAUCUUCUGGCGCCAGAAUCUCCCAAUUGAUGAAAAGGCCGUGCGGGUUGUUGCCGACUCCCUUGUUCGUGACCUUCUGCUUGGCGAUGUAGACUUCACAUCAAUCGCUUUCAUUGCCUUUGAAUGUAUCAAAGAUUACCAAGAGCAAUAUGAGAACUCCAAAUUGAUGCAGACAUCGUUUGGAAGCAAAGCUCCACCAUCUAGGGGUAGUUUCAAUGACCUCGAAUCCUCUUCGCCUAUUCGUCUGCCUGAUUUCGCUAUGGAGGUCUCCCAAGGCGAAGAUGAAGGGAGUAGAAGCACUCCCAUAUAUGAUUCACCAAUGGGGACACAGGAACGACCUUUGGCCUCAUCUGAGGGGUCAGCAACAAGGAGUGGCCAAAGCAGUGUACUUCGUAGGGAUGGGGAUAAGGCGAAACAAUUGUCCGCUGCUAGAAAAUCCUCUUUACCAAUCGCCUCCAUGCUACAAAAAUGUCCUAACCAGUUCAGAGCCUCAAUUCGCACUCGGCGUUUUGUCGUGGACGGCAAGGAGCACACCACCACCUCCAAGAGGGUCGUUCUUGCCGAGGCAACUGCACGACCCGUCGAGAAGAGUGUGGCAAGAAUGCGAGCUCUGCGAGAUUUCCGUGAAUUAGCAAAGGAGAGCAAACGCCGUAAUCGCGAGAUCGCUGAACGCGUGGAACAGCAGAUGCGUCAGUUGGAGUCCAAACAAGCGGCUGAGUUCACUCACCUUCAUCGAUCAUUGACAAAGGAAUUGGAGGCCGCUGCAAAGAAGUACAAGGCUAGCCGUGAGCGCCUAGAUGCUGAAUUUGAAAGCGACGUAAAGGCUCUUCGCGAGGCCUCUAUGCAAUCGGAGAAGACAUUCCUGGAGCAAUUCAAGCAGAAAUUGGAGCACAAUGUGGCCUCGCGAACCCUGCGAAAAGCGGUGUUCCGUGAUGUGCGUGACGCGUUUGGCAGUGGGAUUACAGUGCUGCGAACGCCGUCGGACAUCCCUCCAGCAGUGGAGCAGCAUUAUGCCGAGGCUGCCGACUUCUUCCGUCACCGGGAGGUCGAGUUGAAUUCCCAAGUGACGCAGCUGACGGAAGUAUAUCAUAAGAAAUUGGGCCAUCUCGACCUCCAGUUGUAUUCGGAGCAGUACGAACUGAACAUGGGUUUCACUAAAAAGCAGGGCAUGAUGGAGCAACGUCACAUGCAUAUGCGCCAUCAAUUGGCACGUAGUCAGCUUAAGGACUUUGCAUUGGCAGACAGGCAACUGCUGGCAAAACGUCUGGCCUCUCAGUUGGUCGAAUUUCGAGAGGCGGCGGAAGCGGAUAAGACGCAGCUUCAGGAAUCUCAGAUGCUGGAGAAGAAAAUCUUCCUCAAAAAUGAAAGGGUAGCUAGAAAGAAGAGGAUGACUACGUAUCAACGGAAGUUACGGGAAGACGGCCCUCCGGAUGGAAUGAGUGUUAAGGAGGCAUUAGCAAAGGUGGAAGAGACUGAGAGAGUGCGUGCAAGCGAUGCCCUCCUCAAGUUAAGUAAGCAUCAUCAAAUGCAGACCCAGGCUCUGGACCGCGAGUUAAUGAGUCGUUUCGUCGAACUGGAUGAGCAGCAGUCGGAGAAGAAGACCCUGUUGGUUAAUCAGGAGAGUCGCCGAUUGAAAGAACUGGACGAUGAACACAAACAGGAGAUGAAGGCUCACGCCGAACGCCUCCAACGCAAACUCUUGCAACUCCGUGAAAAGUACGAAGAGGAGGUGAUCGAACGAGCCGACUUGACGUCACUAAACCGGCACCCCGAUACACUACCACGGCCAGGCUCUGGAAGUCGGAACAACCACUCCCUGUUCGGUAAAUCUCCCAGUGCCACUUCAAGUUCCGGAUCCUUAGGAAGCCUAACCGCAUUGAGCAAGACAUCCAUGAAUUCAUACCGAUGUUGA